UCUGAGCUGUCAAUACGCAAUCCUAGUCGGCCAUUCACCACCAUCAACUCAACCAUUUCCCAAUUUCGGUUCACAGACCAAACCCUCAAUUUUCUGCAAAUUUUUACCAAUAAAAAUUGACAAAUUGGAGGCUUUAGUGAGGAUGAGCAGCGGCGGUAAAUUGUAUUGGGUGCGGAAUCGCGGAGAAGAAUGCAAAGUGAAGGGGAUAGUCGUGGUUUUUGCGUGGGUUUCGCUUGGCGAUGUUCAAUUGAAGGAUUUCCUAGCUCUCUACUCUUCUCUUGGAUGGAAUUGUCUCGUUUCCCGCGCCGAUUAUCUCAAUCCGUUUAUUCCAGAUAGAGCUACAUCACUGGCGUUUUCUGUCCUUGAUGAGCUUGUUAAGGAACUUAGGCGUGGAAUAUGUCCUGUUGUUCUUGCAUCCUUUUCCGGUGGUUCAAAAGCUUGCUUGUAUAAAUUACUUCAGAUUAUAGAAGGAUGUUCUGAUGUGGAGCUGAGCCUGGAGGAUAGUAGAAUACUUGCAAACUGCAUUUCAGGCCAGAUCUAUGAUUCUGAUCCUAUUGAAUUCACUAAGGACCUGGGUGCUCGAUUUGCUUUGCACCGCUCUAUCUUCAGAAUGCCUGGAUCGUCAAAACUAGUAUCAUUAUUUGCAAAAGGUGUUACUUCAAGUUUGGAUGCUUUAUUUAUAACCAGGUUUGGUUCACAGCGUGCAGAGUACUGGAAAUCCCUGUAUUCAUCAGUUGGAUUGGGAGCCCCUUUUCUCAUUUUAUUUUCACAAAAUGAUGAUGUGGCUACAUGUUCAACUUUGUCCAACUUUGCUCAGAAUCUGCAGGAUUUAGGGGCCGAUGUGAAAGUUAUGAAGUGCGAUACAUCUGUUCACAUAGGUCGCUACAAGCAUCAAUCGGUACAAUAUACAACUGCUGUAACUGAGUUUCUUGAGCAGGCAGUUUCAAUUUUCUCUGCAAAGCUUCAGAAACUUGGGGAGAGGUCCCAUAUGGAUGAUGGAAUUUCUUACUUGAUAUGUGACCUCCAGAAUGCAGCAGUUGACUCAAAUCAAAGUUUCAGCAGAGUUGCUGUGGGACCGAAUGACCACUUUUUCUUGCCGAGUUCAUCAGGUUACCAAAACAGCAGAGAGUUUGGUUCUACAGCGCAGGAAACCAGAGAUAGAUUACCUCAUCGAUCAAGUCCCCCUUGUCUGAGUGCUAAUAGUGUCCUUGGCCAAGCUCUUUUUGAUGCCUGUGUUCCAAAGAACGUAGAAGGCUGGGAUAUCAAAUUCUCUGGCUCCUUAAAUGGAGAGCCAUUUGCUUCUGUUCGUAGGAGGUCACCACUUCGUAACAUGAAGCAUAGAUCGAGAUUAUGAAGGAUCGGAUCUUGAGGAAAGCUUCUUGUACUUGGGCAGUGCAUAACUUGCUGGUUAAAUGUGCAUACUUGUGAUUUUGACACCAACUUUUCAGCUUGUAAAGUGAAGUUAUUAUAGAUUAAAGCAGCAGCAGAGGUUGAGGAGUCGAGAGAGGUGCUUAAGAGUUGGUUUGUUUUGUCGUUGCACCCUCAAUGUGCAAGCUUUGCCUUAAUGGUUUCAGGUUGUGCCAAUAAGAGGAUGAGGUUUGGUAGGUUGCCUGUAUCUUGCAGUAUGUAAGUAUAUAUCUCCGUGAUCUCUUUGGUUGUGGUAAUACUUUACUUGAUACAUGUAUAUAUGAAUGUAUAAUAACUAACUCUUGUAAUAUACUUUUAUGAAUAAGCAAUUGUGCAAAUUUUGUAA